AUGGACUCGCUCUCCCCUUCCGAACAACGUGAGUUCCAAUCCGUCCUCGAGAAACGUCAAACACGAGAUAUUAUGCAGUUUUACUCCAACCUUGUCCAAAGAUGUUUCGAUGACUGUAUCAAUGAUUUCACCUCGAAGGCUCUGUCCACGAAGGAAGAGACUUGCGUUAGCAGAUGCGUCGACAAAUUCGUCAAGACUAGCGAUAGGUUAGGACAGCGGUUCGCUGAACAGAACCAAGCUAUGAUGCAGGGAGGAGGCGCUGGUGGUGCUGGUGCGGGCUUUGGUGGAAGAUAGGUUAAGGGGUUUCGGAAAUCUUAGACGGGUGUUUGUAAAAAAAAACUUCAUAAUAAUUAUUAUCGUAUCCUGCCCCAAACAAGAACAAAAAAUCCUUUUUAGGGUACGAUACCCAA